AUGGACCAGAGAGAGAGAUGGAUCAGAGCUGCGAGCAGGGGAAGGGGUGAGCCGCGCUCCACAUCGUCUGGUCGCGCCGCCACCGCGCCACCAUCGUGCCCAGCUCACCGCCUUCCUCCACGCUGUGUUGCCACUGUUCGUGCAGAGGAGGAAAAAGGAAUUAGAUUUUGUGCAAAAGUUACAUCAACAAAGCUUGAAGAACUUAAGAAACUUGAUAGUGAAAGUACAUUGUUGCAUGAAAGUAAAAAGGCUAAGUCAAUUUCUCUUCCACCCUUAUCUAAUGCAAGUGAACUUGAUUCAAGAAAAAAAAGAGCUACUGGACCUUUAGAGAAAGCUUUUAAUGUGAAUGCAAGGGAGACUCUAGAUUUACAUAUUGCUAGAAUAUUUUUUUCAUCUGGAUUACCUUUUCAUCUAGCAAAAAAUCUGUAUUUUGUCAAAGCUUUUUCUUAUGCUGUCAAUAAUUAUAUUGAUGGUUAUAUUCCUCCUGGAUAUAAUAAAUUGAGGACAACUUUGCUUGAGAAAGAGAAGCAACAUGUGGAGAGAAUGUUAGAACCUACUAAGAAUUCAUGGAGUGGAAAGGGAGUGAGCAUUGUAAGUGAUGGAUGGAGUGAUCCCCAAAGGAGGCCUCUUCUUAAUUUUAUGGCUGUAACUGAAAGUGGGCCUAUGUUUUUGAAAGCUGUAGAUUGUUCAGAUGAGAUCAAAGACAAGGAUUAUGUUGCAAAGCAAAUAAGAGAUGUGAUAAGAGAAGUCGGUCUCUCAAAUAGAGUGCAAAUUGUGACUAAUAAUGCACCGGUUUGUAAAGCGACUGGUUUAUUGAUUGAAGCUGAAUUUCCAUAUGUUUUUUGGACUCCUUGUGUUGUUCAUACUCUCAACCUUGCUUUAAAGGACAUUUGUACAGCUAAGAAUACAGAGAAUAAUAAUUUUUUCUAUCAAGAAUGCUCAUCGAUUACUCAAAUUGCUGACGAUGCUUCUUUUAUAAAAAAUUUUAUUGUUAAUCAUCAUAUGAGGUUAUCUAUUUUCAAUGAAUUUAAUACAUUGAAGUUGCUUAAUAUUGCUCCUACUUGA